AUGCUCGAAGGUCAAAAUACUUCAACCGAUGUGGAAAUCAGAGAACGAGAUGAGAAGGCUGCAGCGAAGAUCUUAGCUUCGACAAAAGAUUUGGCUAAAGGCGAAUUCGACUUCCCUCCAGGCCUGCCAAUGUUCGUGCAGGCUGACACCAAUCGAUGGCUGGAGAGAUGGACUAAAGGGCAACGCCACAUUCUUUGCAAAGUCCUUUCUACAGAAUCGACUUUCCAACGACGUGGUAUGGGUAAUGUUCUCGUUGAGUAUGGCAACAUAUUGGCAGACAAAAAGGACUUGCCCAUCUUCAUGCAAGCUUCGCCUUUCGGCUUUCCGCUUUAUAUGAAGCAUGGCUUUGAAACCGUACAGUGUUUAGAUGUAGAUUUCAGGGAGUGGGCACCAAAUGCCAAGGGUAAUGAUAGGGGUUAUGCAAACUAUAAGUUCCGCUAUAUGCAAAGACUACCACGGACACUUCCAGAUGGUAUUUGA